AUGGGUGGAAAGAAGCUGAAGGCCAUGAUUCACGUUAGGGACAGCGUCGUGGAUUUCCUGACCCGAGCGGAGAAGUUCCUGAAAAGUACGCAGGCAGCGGAUGAGAACCAAAUACGGUUUCGUCUAGAGAAAUUGGAGGCCAAAUGGGAGGAAUUUGAGGGAAUUCAAGCAGACAUCGAAUCAGCGGAGGACUAUGAGGACAACCUCGAGAUGCAUCAUCAAGUCAGGGCGAGUUUCGAGGAAAAAUAUUUCGAGGCCCUGAUUGAUUCCGCCCCGGAGUUGAGUGGUAUCCAAAAAUUCCACUACUUGAGGGCUUCUCUGAGGGGUGAAGCGUUGAAGUUGAUCGAUUCUUAUCCGAUGAGCGAGGCAAAUUACGUGGUUGCGUGGAAUGGUUUGGUUGCACGGUUCUCCAAUGGCUACUUGCUGAAAAAACGCCAUUUGAAUGCGAUGUUUGAGUUCCCGAAAAUUCGGAAGGAGUCUGCUACAUGUAUCUACGAUGUCAUCGACUGCUUCGAACGUAACACCAAAAUCUUGGACCAGUUAGGAGAGCAAACCACCGGCUGGGGUGCGAUGCUAACGCAUCUGAUGGUAUCGAAGUUGGAUGAGUCUACACAGAAGCGCUGGGAAGAACAUGUGUCAGACGAGGUCGAGCCAUCUUUCGUCGUCCUGGUGGAGUUUCUAAAAAGGCAAACAAGGGUUCUUGACGCUGUGCUAGUCGACCAAAAGGUACAUCUUACUCAAGCUCAAUAUCCCUCAAUCGGACUGAAGUCACGUCCUUCGAAGAUCUCGGUCAACUCGGCGACCGAGCGGAAACCUUCAAACUGCGUUUCAUGCGGAGAGCAGCAUUUGAUCUCGCAAUGUUCCUCCUUCAUUCAACUUCCGGUCGACCAACGGCUGCAUCUGACCAAUUCUAAAAGGUUGUGCAGCAACUGCUUGGGUCGAAAUCAUCUAGCGCGUGAUUGUCCCUCCAAAUAUAGGUGCAGAACUUGCUCCAAGAAGCAUCAUACCUUACUACAUCCGGGGUUCCCUGGUUCAGGUUCUACUUCCAGUCCUGUUUCGGAAGCUUCUAGAAUUCAGGGACAGACUUCAACUGCUUUGGAAGGUACGAGUUCCGGAGGGUCGAUUGCUAGUUCUGUGGCAUCCGUUUCAACAAACGCAGCAGUUGGGCAUCCGGGAAACCACGUCUUCUUGCUGACGGUGUUGCUCAAGAUCAAGGAUAACUGGGGUAGGACUCAUCUUGCGAGGGGCUUGCUGGAUUCUGGAUCACAAGCAAACUUGAUGUCGGAGAGACUCUGUCAGCUACUAAAGCUUCCACGGCGCGCUAAACGGGUGGAAAUUCAUGGUAUUGGUCAAGCGCGAAGGACAACGACACACGAGGUAUCAUCUUUCAUUUCGUCACGUAUUCGGAACUUUUCAACGUCAAUGGACUUUCUGGUACUGGGGCAGGUCACAGCUGAUCAGCCAUCCUCUUCUCUUCCACUGAAAAAUUGGGCACCGCCAUCCGGCAUGCAAUUGGCAGAUCCCGAAUUCAACGUGUCAGGACCGGUAGAUCUGGUACUUGGGUCGCAAUACUUCUACGAUUUCCAUAUACUCGAUGGUGGCCGGAUUCAAAUUCGCAAGCUCGACAGUGCUCUUCCAGCUUUCGUCAAUACCGUCUUCGGUUGGGUAGCUGCUGGAGAAUCCGAAUGGCCUGAAAACAAAACGGUGGUUAAUUGUCAUCUAGCAACUACAGAAACUCUCGACACGACAAUGCAUAAAUUUUGGGCAAUCGAAGAGAUGAUGGAAAAACCAAUACGAUCCCAAGAGGAAGAAGACUGCGAGCAACACUUCCAAGCAACAAUCGAUCGUGACUCUACCGGUCGAUACAUAGCACAGUAUCCGAAGAAGAUUGGUUUCCACGAGAAGAUCGGCGAUUCUAGGAACACGGCUUUGCGACGAUUCGAUCAACUGGAGAGGAGGCUAGGAAAGGAUCCAAAUUUGCAUCAACAGUAUAGCGAUUUUCUUCAAGAUAUGGGCCACAUGAAACUUAUCGGGACAUUGCAAGAUAUAAAGGAUGAAGGACGAACCGUUUGUUACCUCCCCCACCAUCCCGUAUUUAAAGAGACCAGUUCAACAACAAAGGUCAGGGUGGUAUUCGAUGGUUCCGCAAAGACAAGUACUGGUUCAUCGCUCAAUGAUUCGCUCCUCACAGGUCCGGUCAUCCAAGACGAUUUGUUGGACCUCAUGAUCCGAUUUCGCAAGCACACCGUAGCAUUGGUGGCGGAUGUGGCUAAAAUGUAUCGCCAAGUGCGUAUUCAUCCGGACGAUACACCCCUCCAACGUAUUUUGUGGCGGUCUGCGCCAACCAGUCCAAUUCAAAUUUUCGAGCUGCAAACCGUUACGUACGGCUUAUCUCCAUCGUCGUUUAUUGCCACGCGUGUACUAAAACAGCUCGCAUCUGAUGUUGGUAGCAAAUAUGAUCACGCUGGCACAGUGGUGUCGAAUGACUUUUAUAUGGAUGAUUUUCUCUCAGGAGCAGAUACGGUAGAAGAGGCAAAAAGGUUGAGAAAUGAUGUACAGUCUCUCAUGGCAGAGGGAGGGUUUGAACUGCGGAAAUGGAGCUCAAAUUCAUCAGAUGUGUUGAGUGGCUUGCCUCCUGGUGCACUUGAGGAUCAAUCGAUGCUAUAUCUUGAUGCAGAGCAGAAGGUGAAGACGCUAGGAGUGGCAUGGGAGACGGGAACGGACUGUUUACGCGUCGACAUACCAACACCAAGGGAGGAAGAGCACUGGACGAAGAGACUAAUCUUUUCAACGAUCGCUCAACUGUACGACCCUCUCGGAUUAGUUUCUCCGGUUGUGGCAUGGGCGAAAAUACAGAUGCAACAUCUUUGGUUGGUGUCUGUUGGCUGGGACGAUAAGAUCCCCUACGAGAUUUGUGGAAACUGGAAGAAUUUCUAUGAGCAGCUUCCACUGCUGCAAAGCUUCAAAGUCCCACGUUGCGUUUUCGUCCCACAAUCAACAAAUUCCCACUUCCAUGUAUUCUGUGAUGCAUCGGAAGCCGGAUACGGGGCGUGCAUCUACGCGCGAUCUACCAAUGGGGAAGGUGAACACAUCUUGCAGCUAAUCGCUUCCAAAUCGCGGGUAGCACCAAUCAAACGGCUCAGUUUGCCACGUCUCGAGCUGUGUGCAGCAUUAUUAGGGGCAAAACUCUACGCCAGGGUCUCCACAGCAUUAAGGAUGGAAGGCACUCCUUGUCAUUUCUGGUCAGAUUCUACGGUCACUUUGUACUGGAUUCAAUCUCCCCCGAAUACUUGGCAAACCUUUGUUGGUAACCGUACAUCUGAAAUUCAGCUCCUAACACACGGACAUAAAUGGGCACACGUAAAAGGGACUGAUAACCCAGCCGAUCUUGUGUCACGCGGCAUGCUACCAAACGAAUUCAUCAGCAACACGUUUUGGAUGCAUGGUCCACCCUGGUUGAGAGACGAUGAAGAAGACUGGCCAAAACAAUCCCAUCAGCUUUCACCCCAAGAAGACGUUCUCGAGCGAAGAAAAACGGUUUUGGUAUCACAAGUAUCGUCCGAACUGAACCCACUUUUCGAACGAUAUUCUUCCUAUUGGCGCUUGAUAAGGAUUACUGCAUACCUGCGCCGGUUUAUCAGUCGAUGUCGUUCGAACAAUCAGCAACAGGAAACGUUCCUCACCACACAUGAACUGACAGAAGCGAAGGAAACCCUUGUGAAAUUGGUGCAGCAGGAAACAUUUGCUGAAGAAAUAAAGCAACUGAAUCGAAAAGGUCCGUUACCAAAGAAGUUCCCACUCAAAAAUGGUCACCCUAUCAUCGAUGAGAAAGGCAUCCUCCGUCUUGGUGGCCGACUUUACCAUUCCAACGAAAGCUACCAGACCAAACACCCAAUAGUUCUCCCGAUCAAGCACCCGUUCACUCGCCUCGUUGCCGCUCAUUUCCACUCCCUCUGUUUUCAUGCUGGUCCUCGCAUGACUUUGGCGACUAUCCGUCGUGAAUUCUGGCUAAUUAGCGGUAAAACUCUUGCCAACCAUGUGUGUCGAAAAUGCGUCAAAUGUUUUCGACAAAACCCUGUCCCUGUAGCCCAACCUCUUGGCCAACUCCCACAAGCACGAACCGUUCCUAGUCGCCCAUUCUCUACAACUGGUGUAGAUUUUUGCGGGCCUGUAUACCUGAAACCAGUUCACCGUAAAGCAGCCCCACAGAAAGUAUUCAUCGCGGUCUACAUCUGUUUUGCCACCAAGGCAGUUCACCUAGAACUGGUGUGCGAUCUAUCGACCGAUGCCUUCAUCGCCUCCCUUCGACGAUUCAUCGCUCGACGUGGAAUUCCGGAAGAGAUCCAGUCUGAUAACGGCACAAACUUCCAAGACGCGAAGACCAAGCUCAACGAAAUGUACCGCAUCUUCAACAGCAAGCACGACCAGCAAGCAAUCUUCAACGAACGCAGCAGCCAAGGUAUCACUUGGCGAUUCAUCCCCCCACGAGCGCCAAACUUCGGCGGACAAUUGGAGGCAAAUAUGAACAGUCGACCAUUGACACCGCUAUCCGAAGAUCCAGCAGAACUUGAUGUCCUUACACCUGGACACUUCCUCGUUGGUGCCCCAUUGAACAGCCUACCGGAUCCUGAUUAUACGACAGUUCCAUCCAACCGUCUGCGACACUACCAACAGCUGCAACAAGUCAUCCAAAACCACUGGAAGCGAUGGAGAAAGGAGUACCUCACCGAGCUCAAUCAACAGUGGCAAGCAUCUCGACCAGCAGCGGAAAUUCACGUUGGCCAGAUGGUACUUCUUAAGGAGGAUGGGAAAUCAUCGAUCACUUGGCCACUCGCACGAAUCAUAGCAGUUCAACCCGGCAGCGACGGUAUCGUUCGUGUGGCAGUCAUCAGGACCAAAUCUGGCACAUACACGCGAGCCGUCAACAAACUAUUUCCACUGCCUAUUGACGAGGACAUCACUCAUCAGUACAAACAGCAAUAG